CAACGCUGAUAAGCGACAAAGACAUGGAGGUCGUUUACACCGACGAAACAAAACAGUGAGCAAACCGAGCUCAUCGUGGAAUCAAACUCUGUAAUAAGAAAACGGAGCUCAUUUAGGAGAACUAUCGUCUGUGAUUACAGAACGGAGAAAAAUAGUCCAUGGCAUCGAGCUCAGAUGACGACUUCGUUAUUCUGAUAUGCUCAAACCCCAAUCCGAUCGAAGCGAAGACACCACAUGAAGAGAUUCACAUCUCCACCACAGAUAUCCUAAGCUGGGACUUGCCCACAAUCCUCAGUUACCCGACAGUGAAAGUUCACGCAUGUCGUAAUAGGCUCAUUGAAAAAUCUUCGUAUUUCCAAGGCCUGCUCUGCGGGAGCUUUAGUGAAUCAUGUCUUGACAGUACAUCAAUUCAGUGGAACCUGGAAAUAUUUGUGCAUGUUCUCAAGUGCAUAUACGGGUGCCCAUUACAUUUCACUUCAAAAAAUUUCGUUCCUCUUUUUGAGGGUGCACUAUAUUUUGGGGUGGAGACGCUCAUCUCAAAGUGUAAAACUUGGUUUUCUGAAGUAUCUUCUCCCAAAGGGUCGGGGUCUUUGCAAAUAGAAUUGGAUGAUUUGAUUCAUAUAUGGAUAUUUGGUUUAGAAUUUGCAAAUGAGUUUCUUCCAGAAUUAUGUGCGGGCUAUCUUGCAAGGAACUUUAUGUGGGCCAUGACUAGCAAAGUUUUUGGCGAUGUUCCAUACAAUUUGUUAUUGUCUUGCUUAGAUCAUCCCUAUUUGACUGUUGACAGUGAGAUGCAUCUCUCUGAGGCACUUCUAGUUUGGCUUAAUGCUAACUCGAAACAACUGGAAAACUUCAGCAGAACCGGCGAGAAUUGUCGUGGCAUCUUUAGACAUGUCCGCAUUGGCCUUUUGCCAUUGUGGUUUGCUGCAGGGAAAAGAAGUUCUUGUUAUUUCUCUAAGGUAUUUGAGGAGAGCAUUGACUUAAUUUAUAGACUAGUUGAUGCUCCACCAAUAACUUCCAUGAAUGUCUUGGAACAUGCUGAUUUGCACCAUCUCAAGAUUCGGUUGACAGAAUAUUCUAAGAAGGUGAACCUUGCAGGUUGUCCACAGAUAACAUUAGCCACUCUUCUCCUGUCGGUGCUUCCUUUAUCAUAUAGCAUGGACCCCACCUUAAGAAAGAGUAUUAAACAAAUUUUAAUUAGCCUUGAGCGUCGAGAGAGAGAUCAAAGUCCAAUUCCACAGGGUUUGCUGCCAAUGCUAUCCUUUGAAGCAGUACAGGAGAUAGAUAUUUCCAAGUGCCCAAGGCUACAUCUUGAAGCUGCCAUUACAUGUAUAAGCAAGUCAUUUCCUUCUCUAAGAACACUGAAAGCAGCUUAUCUUUUGAACUUCAAGACAACUGCUUUGCAUCAAUUGGUGCACAAGUGCCCUCUGCUCCGUGAAGUUGACUUAACCAUGGAUAUUAGUCCUCUUAUACCAGCACAAGUGUCGGUUGUAUCCUCAAGUCUAGCUAUAACAUCACCACUAUCAAACAAGUCCCUCAGUGUUGGCGAUGAUCCUGCUGAUGUUAUGUCAUUAAAAAAGUCUGGAUUAUCAUUGCCAAAUAUCACAAAGCUCACAUUGGAGGGUCGAAGUGAUAUCUGUGAUUUGGAUCUCCAGUAUAUUUCAAAAUUCUGUUCUUCCUUGCACGAGCUGAACAUUCAAGGGUGUAUAUCAGUGACAGAUGUUGGCAUAUCAAAUCUUCUUCGCAAAUGUAUGAAACUGCAUUCAAUUGUAGUCUGUGAUACUUCUUUUGGGGUAAAUUCAGUUCUUUCUCUGUGUUCUGGUGUGACUAAUCAUGGUGGCUUUCCGGUUGCCCAUUUUGGACGGAAGCAUAAAUCUUUGGCAUUUAGUCUUCAAAAACUGCAUAUGGGUGGCUGCAAGGGUGUCGACGAAACAUCUUUUCGAGAGCUUCUGUCUCAAACACAAACUCUAACGAGUCUUUGCUUGCGGGACACUCACCUUAAUGAUGAAAUUCUGCAUUGUUUCUCAGGUUUUUCCUUGGAGAUGCUUGAUGUUUCUAAUACCAUGGUUUCUGGAGCUGCAUUAGCUCAGAUAGUCCAUGGAAAUCCUGGUUUAAAGCACUUGAGAGCAAGGGGUUGCAGAAAUAUGUUGCAGCAGGAAACUAACACCUCAGAGGGGGAAUUUUCUUCCUCGUAUACAUGUAAAGAACUGUAUCUUGAGUUGGGCAAGAAAUGCAAAUUGGAGGAAGUGGCACUAGGAUGGGGAUUUUCUUGCUUUUCCGUUGAAGCUCUCCAACCAGCGAUAAAGUCAUUAAGGUCGAUAACUGUGGGUUUAGGCGGAUCGUUAGGUGAAGAUGUGCUGCAACAGCUAUCUGCAACUUGUCCUAUGCUAGAGUCACUAAUUCUUCAUUUCCAGGUCGUAUCUGACACUGUUGUUACAAACAUGAUGACAUCCUUGAGAAAUUUGCGAGUGUUGGCUUUGUGCUAUUGCUUUGGUGAUAUUUCUAUGUUAAGCUUCAACUUUUCUACGCCAAAUCUGAGGAAACUGAGGCUUGAAAGAGUAACCCCUUGGAUGACCAACAAUGAUUUGAUUAUUCUGACUCAGACUUGUGCAAACUUAGUUGAGCUUUCAUUGCUAGGAUGUAAGCUUCUCGGUUCAGAUUCUCAACAAAUCAUCUCACAUGGAUGGCCUGGCUUGACUUCUAUCCAUCUAGAGGAAUGUGGAAAAGUGACGGAAAAUGGGAUUUCUUCUCUUCUCGAUUGCACAGCUCUUGAAGAUCUCUUGCUGCACCAUAAUGUUAUUUGCUGGGCUGGACUUAACCAACACUAUUCAGGGCCCUGGGAUACAGAAGAACUUCAUUUUUUAUGCUGCUUCGAAGUUGCCAAUGCUUAGGAAGUUGUCAUUGGAUUUGUGUGAUGCAAGAGAAGGUGACUUUGACAUUCCAGAUUGCGACGAUAAAUGUUUGGUGAGUACUGUGAAGAUAGCGAGAUGCAAGCCCCGGAGAUGUAAUUUUAGCCUCCCAGCUCAUCGAAGGCCUGUGCACGAAGAGACGCUAGUACUGAUUCGGAACAGCAAGAAUCUGUAUAGAACAGUUGUGAAGGAAAGACUUUAAAAGAUGCUGACAUGUUGUACAUUUUUUGCAGCUGAUUGUUGCUCCCGUUUGCACGAGCAAAUGGUGCCAAAAAAAUUAAAAAAAAAACAAUAUUAAUUUCUCUAGUUUUUCUCCUAUUUAUUUAUUGCAAAAAUAUGUAAUGAAAGUAAAGAUUGUCAGAUUUGUAGCUGAAGACAGACUCGGUUAAAUCGCAGGAGCAAAUGUGCGGAUCUUACUUAAACGAAGUGGUUCGUUUAAGUGAAUAGCUAUCUUGCUGCGUGGGGGGCCAAACGAUAGAAACAAUAAGGCUUUGAAGGAAGGCUCUUGUGGGGAAGGAAAGCUCUCUAAUCCCUAAGCACCAACGCCUCUGAAUCUGUCUUCCUUCGUCGUCACCAGUUUGCCGUUGUCCAAUUGAUCCAGACAUCUCAUAAUCUCGAAGCCUCGAAUCAAUGAUAACGUAUUUUAUAAGGUUCUGUCUUUUAGAGUUUGAACUAAAAAUAUUUGGACUAAUGACUUUCAUCUUUCUUCCUACAUAUUAGGUUUUGAACGACGACGAUGAUGAUGACAAUGUUAGUGGAGAUGAUGCUAAUGGAAAUAGUGAUUUAUCAAAUAUGAUGUUGGAUGCACUAGACUCCCAGUCAAAUUUGAAUCCCGUAAGCAUUCCUAUUGACCAACUGAAGGAGAAGAUAGAUGGGUCCAAGUUUCAAGCAGAAGAAAUAAAGGAAAAAGAAAUUAGAUUGAAACAAUUAAUUAAUUGCGGCUCCCUUUCUGUGUAUCUUAUUUGUUUUUCCUUCCACAAAUUCAGUAUCGAUUGUGAGAUAUUAUUCGCAAAAUUUUGGUUUGCCA